GCCUCCUCGCAGCUUGCCCUUGGCGCUAUUCCCACGCCGGCACGCGACCUCUGUCUCUUGGCUCCCUGCGCGCUUUCGUUACACCCUCCGUGUUUUCUCCUGCCUGCGCCAUUUUUGUCGCGGCUUUUUUCCGACCUCCCGCUAUUUCUCGAUUCUUCUCUUCUCUUUACGGGCUGCAUCUCCGCCUUCCUCUCUCUCGAUCUCCCGAACUUGCGUCCCUCUCAGUUUCCCGUGAAAAUUUUUACCCAGCUCCUCUCUUCUUCUUAUAUCAAUCCCCUGCUUACUAACAUUUUACCCUAACUUCCAACAUUUGCAAUUACGUAGGAAAUCUAGAUCCCUUAAUUUGUAGCCCCUCUCUUCAUAGAAUCUCUUAAACUCCCUUUUUUAUCCGUCGUAUCCAAGUUUGUCGAUUACCCAUCUAUGGUAGUGUCGGCGCUCUGGCUUGCAAACAGACUUCGAAGGCUUAAAUGAUCCGUCCCUACGAAUCAAAUUCUCUCCGAGAUGUUUGAGGCGCACGUUCUUUAUCUGCUUCGGAAAUACUUGGGUGAAUAUGUUGAGGGGCUUUCUGUUGAAGCUCUUAAAAUCAGUGUUUGGAAAGGAGAUGUUGUUUUGAAAGAUUUGAGAUUGAAGGCUGAGGCACUGAAUUCUUUGAAGCUUCCUGUUACUGUCAAAGCUGGCUUUAUAGGCACGAUAACAUUACAGGUUCCCUGGAAAAGCCUAGGCAAAGAACCUGUUGUUGUUCUGAUUGACCGUAUAUUUGUGCUUGCUGAGCCGGCUCCUGAUGGACACACUCUUAAGGAACAAGAUAAAGAAAAGCUUUUUGAAAGUAAGCUCCAGCAAAUUGAGGAAGCUGAAUCAGCAACCAUUGAAGCCGCAAUUAGGAGAGAGAAUGCAGGAGCUGCAUCCAGCGGAAACUCAUGGUUGGGCUCACUUAUCGCGACCAUUAUUGGAAAUCUUAAAGUUACCAUUAGCAAUGUUCAUAUCAGAUAUGAGGAUUCCAUUAGCAAUCCAGGGCACCCUUUCUGUUCUGGGAUAACAUUAUCAAAGCUUUCUGCUGUCACUACCGAUGAGCAGGGCAAUGAGACCUUUGACACUAGUGGAGCUCUUGAUAAAUUGCGCAAGUCCUUCCAAUUGCUGCGAUUGGCUGUGUAUCAUGAUAGUGACAGCAUUCCAUGGAAGCUUGGAAUGAGCUGGGAAGAUUUGAACCCUGCUGAUUGGACUGAGAUUUUCCAAGAUGGAAUUGGUGAGCUUGAUGGUGAUAGAACUGUGUCUUUGUGGGCAAAGGAUCGAAGAUACUUGGUAUCCCCUAUAAAUGGUGUUCUUAAAUACCAUCGUCUUGGAAAGCAAGAAAGGCAGAACCCCCAAAUACCUUUUGAGAAGGCCUCACUUUCCUUGAGUGAUGUUUCUUUCACUGUUUCUGAGGCACAAUAUUAUGAUGGGAUAAAAUUACUGGAAGUAGUUUCAACCUAUAAGACACGAGUUGAGGUUUCUCAUUUGAGACCUGUAGUGCCAAUUUUUGAAGAUCCUCAUUCAUGGUGGCGCUAUGCGAUGCUGGCUAGCAUGCAGCAGAAAAAACUUUGCUAUUUGUUCUCCUGGGAAAGGAUCAAGCAUCUUUGUCAACUUCGACGGCGCUAUGUUCAAAUUUAUGCUAAUAUUUUGCAACAGUCAUCCAAUGUGGAUAUUUCUGCCUUGCGACAGAUUGAGAGGAUUCUUGAUUCAAAAGUUAUAUUACUUUGGAGGUUGCUUGCACAUGCUAAGCUCGAGUCAGUGAAAUCAAAGGAGGCAUCUCAGCAGAAGGGCGCCAAGAAAAGAAGCUGGUGGUCCUUUGGAUGGAGCACAUCUUCUGGGGAGUCUUCUGUUGAACGUAACUCUACGGAAUCUCAGUUCAUUGAAGAGGAAAAGUUGAUCAAGAAAGAAUGGCAAGCAAUUAACAAAUUGCUGAGUCAUCAGCCAGAUGAGGGUAGCUUUUCACCUAGAGGGAAGGACGUACAAAAUAUGAUACAUUUCCUUGUUGAUGUAUCAAUUGGCAAAGCUGCAGCUCGUAUUGUCGGCAUUGAUCUUACAGAGAUUGUUUGUGGCAGUUUUGAAUUGCUUGGUCUCACAAUGAAGAUUUAUCCAAAAAGUAUCCACUGUGAUGUGUCUUUGAAAUGCUAUGGCUUGUCUUCACCCGAGGGUCAACUUUCACAGAGUGUUAGCAGUGAGGGAAAGACAAAUGCUUUGGAGGCCAGCUUUGUUCAUGCUCCUGCUGGGGAGGAUGUUGAUUGGCGUCUUUCGGCAACCAUUGCUCCUUGCCAUGUUACGAUCUUGAUGGAGAGCUAUGAUCGUUUUUUGGAGUUUGUUAAAAGGAGCAAUGCCAUAAGCCCAGCUGUUACAAUGGAAACUGCGACUGCAUUGCAGAUGAAGAUAGAGCAAGUAACCCGAAAAGCACAGGAACAAAUUCAAAUGGUAUUGGAAGAGAAGUGCAGGUUUUCUCUUGAUGUUGAUUUUGAUGCACCAAAAGUCAGAAUUCCAAUGAGGUCCUGCCAAUCUUCAUCCUGGAGCAGCCAGUUUCUUCUGGAUUUUGGUCAUUUCACGUUGCAUACUAGGGAAGGUCAACUUGAUGACCGGAAGCAAAGUCUGUACUCUCGUUUUUAUAUAUCUGGAAGGGAUAUGGCUGCUAUCUUUAUAGAUGGCGACUGUAGUGAAAAGUGUUUGGUUACUGCCGCACUUCAGGGUCAGAUUUCUCCGCUGGAAACGCCAGAUAAUGAAAGCCAGUUAUAUUCUCUCCUUGAUCGAUGCGGAAUGUCAGUCAUAGUUGAUCGGAUUAAAAUACCCCAUCCAAGAUACCCUGCUACGAGGAUUUCUGUUCAAGUGCCAAAUCUUGGAAUACAUUUUUCUCCUGAAAGAUAUAGCAGAAUUUUGAGAUUACUUGAUAUAUUCUAUGGCCCGAGUGAAUGCGUCAAGGAGAUUAGCAGUGGGCAUCUCCAAACUGGUUCGGUUCCUUGGCUGCCUGCUGAUCUAGCAAGUAAUGCUAGAAUUUUAGUUUGGAAGGGUUUUGGUCAUUCAUUGGCUGAAUGGAAGCCAUGCUACCUUGUAUUAUCGGGUCUAUAUCUGUAUGUGCUGGAGACAGAGUAUUCUAAGACAUAUCAGCGAUGUUGCAGCAUGUCUGGUCGGCAGGUACUUGAUGUUUCUCCAUCAACUAUUGGUGGUUUGCCUUUUGCAAUAGCUGUAAGUUCAAGAGGCAUUGAUAUUCAAAAGGCACUAGAAUCAGUAAACACAUUAAUUAUAGAAUUUAGAGAUGGUGAUGAGAAGAAUACUUGGUUUAAAGAGCUCGUGCAAGCAAUAUAUAGAACUUCGGCUCCACCUACAAUGAAUAUACUCGGAGAGCAAAUUAAUACCUUGACAGAAACGGCUACACCCCGAAAUGGCAGCACAGGGCUGGCUGACCUUGUAAUUAAUGGUGUUCUUGUUGAAACAAAAUUAUCAAUAUAUGGAAAAUAUGAUGGAAAUUGUGGAAGUUCAGAAGAAUUGAUUUUAGAACUUCUUGGCGGUGGAGGAAAGGUUUAUAUUAUCAGGUCAAGUUGUAACCUAACUAUCAAAACCAAGCUUCAUUCGCUAAAAAUUGUAGAUUUGCUUCAAGGUCGGCUUUCCAUGCAGCCUCAGUUUUUAGCACGGUCUGUGGUGAAAGAAAAGACUGUUUCCAAGGUAGAUGCAGAGGUGCAGAGCAUUGUUUUGGAGGAGGAUGAUUGUUUUAUAGACGCAUUGUCGGAUUUUAUGAGCGCUACUGAUCAAACGUUCCAUAAUUCAUUAUUCAAUCCUGAUUCUUUUGAUCAAUACUCUGGAUGUAGUUUUGAUAGCGGUUUGAAUCCCGAGAAUGUAAAAGAGAGGAGCAGUGAGGUUUUCUAUGAGGCCUGGGACACUAAUUUUUCUGAUUUUGUGGUUGUUUCAUUUGUGUGGAGAAGCCCAGAUUCACCUGUAUAUGAUGGUAUUGAUACACAGAUGAGGAUCCGGAUGUCAGCACUGGAGUUCUUCUGCAAUAGACCAACUCUUUUUACUUUGAUUGGAUUUAUCUUUGAUCUCAGCAACGUGAAUUCUGCAGGAGCAAUAAAUGAAAAUAAUACAAGUGGUAUUGUCGACAUUGAGACAAAAGAGGAAGAUGGUUGUGCUUUGGUUAAAGGCUUGCUGGGUUAUGGAAAAGGACGUGUAGUUUUUAAUUUGGUGAUGGAUGUUGAUAGCGUAUGUGUUUUUCUAAACAAGGAAGAUGGUUUUCAACUUGCAAUGUUUGUUCAAGAAAGUUUUAUUUUGAACCUAAAGUUUCAUCCAAGCUCUACAACUAUGGAAGGCACUCUUGGAAACCUGAGGCUUUGUGACAUGUCUCUAGGACCAAAUCACCGUUGGGGUUGGCUAUGUGAUAUACGUAACCAGGGGAUUGAAUCUUUAAUCAAGUUCAACUUUCAAUCUUACAGCAUUGACGAUGAUGACUAUGAGGGAUAUGAUUAUAGCUUGAGUGGCCGACUUUCUGCAGUACGGAUAAUAUUUCUUUAUAGGUUUGUUUUGGAGAUCUCUUCUUACUUUAUGGGGCUAGCCACCCCUCACACUGAAGAAGUAAUCAAGUUGGUGGACAAAGUCGGAGGCAUCGAGUGGCUGAUUCAGAAAGAUGAAAUGGAUGGCGCUGCUGCAAUAAAAUUUGAUCUUUCGUUGGACACUCCUCUUAUUAUUGUUCCAAAGAGCUCUUUGAGUGAGGAUUUUAUGCAGCUUGAUCUUGGGCAACUUGAAGUGAAAAACAAUUUCUUUUGGUUUGGAAAUGAAGACAAUGAUCCGUCUGCUGUACAUCUAGAUAUUCUUGAUGUUGAGAUACAAGGAAUCAACAUGGCUGUAGGUUUGCAUGGUCAGUUGGGGAAGCCUAUGAUACGGGAAGGACAUGGCCUUCAUAUUCAAGUGCGCCGCAGCUUAAGAGAUGUUUUCCGUAAAGUUCCAACUCUCUCCAUUGAAGUUCAGGUGGCCUUGUUGCAUUGUGUUAUGUCUGACAAGGAAUAUGAUGUAAUAAUUAAUUGUUUGUACUCAAACUUAUCGCGCCCUCCAAGUUUUUGUAGCAAUGUUGUUGGAGCAAAGGAAUCUAUGCGCAUGCUUGUAGACAAGGUCAAUCUUAAUGGUCAGAACAUACUUUCACGAUCUAUUUUCAUCAUUACUGUUGAGAUUCAUUAUGCUUUGCUUGAGCUUUGCAAUGGUCUUGAUAUGGAAUCUCCAUUGGCUCAAAUCUCUCUUGAAGGCCUUUGGGUUUCUUAUCGCUCUACAUCUUUCUUUGAGAUGGAUCUUUAUGUGACCAUUCCUAAAUUCUCUGUGCUGGAUAUACGCCCCGAUACAAAGCCAGAAAUGCGCUUGAUGCUCGGUUCUUAUACUGAUGUUUCAAAGCCUAGUUAUAACAAUUCAAGUUUAGCUUCAAACUACAUUACAUCUCAAGAAAGCAAGCUCAAAAAGUUGGAAAACAAGGCUGACGUAGAUGUUUCUAAUUUAACCAUGCUGAUUUUUGACUACCGAUGGCGUUCUUCCUUCCGGUCUUUUGUUAUAAGGAUUCAACAGCCACGGGUUCUUGUCGUUUUGGAUUUUGUUCUUGCAGUUGCUGAGUUUUUUGUUCCUUCUUUGGGAACCAUAACUGGCAGGGAGGAAACUCUGCAUCCAAGCAAGGAUCCUCUAACUUCGGCUGGUGAUAUAGUGCUUGUAGAACCACUGUAUUUGCAGCAUGAAGAUGUUGUUCAACUUUCACCUAGAAGGCAGUUGAUUGUGGAUGGUUGUCAGUUCAAUGAGUUUACAUAUGAUGGUUGUGGAAAUAUAUUAGCAUUAAGUGAUGAUUUUGAAUCAAAGGGACAACCACAUUCAGGAACAAUUAUUAUACUUGGGAGAGGCAAGAAAUUGCGUUUCAAGAAUGUAAAAAUUGAGAAUGGUGCUUUAUUGAGAAAGUGUACGUACCUGAGCAAUGACAGCAGCUACUCAAUUUCUGAGGAUGAUGGUGUUGAGAUUUCUUUCCUGGAUAAGGAUACUUUUGAGACAGAUGGAGAAGGAUCAAAACCUAGUGAAGACAGCAUAAGGGAUGCAAAUACUUUUGAUGUUGAAUUAACAAAUGUAUCUAGUCAAUGUCAAAACUUCACAUUUGAAGCUCAGGUUGUCUCCCCUGAGUUUACCUUUUAUGAUAGUUCGAAGUUGGACUUAGAUAAUCCCUUGCUUCUUGAGAAGCUUUUACGGGCAAGAAUGGACUUGAGAUUCAUGUAUGCUUCUAAAGAAAAUGACACUUGGGCUCGUGCUCUUGUGAAAGAUUUUACCAUUGAAGCUGGAUCUGGCCUUGUUAUUCUUGAGCCGAUGGAUGUCUCGGGAGGAUAUACUUCUGUCAAGGACAAGACGAGUAUAUCAAUGUUGUCUAGUGAUAUAAAGAUCCAUUUAUCACUUAGCGUUGCCUCACUUUUACUUAAGCUGCAAAAUCAGGCUUGUAAAGCAUUACAAUGUGGCAAAGCUAACCCCUUGGUCUCUUGUACAAACUUCAAACGAAUCUGGGUAUCACCAAAAGGUAGCUUGCCCGGAUACAACCUGACAUUUUGGAGGCCACAAGCUCCUUCAAACUAUGCUAUUUUAGGCGACUGUGUUACAUCAAGGCCUGUGCCACCUACCCAGGUUGUAGUAGCAGUAAGUAAUGCUUAUGGCCGUGUUCGGAAGCCAUUGGGCUUCAAGCUUGUUGGUUUGUUCUCCAACUUUGGAGAAUUGGAUGGAGGGGGCCAAUCUGAUAGCCGUGGUGAGUGUUCCAUCUGGAUGCCAAUACCUCCUUCAGGCUACACUGCUGUUGGAUGUGUAGCACAUGUUGGAAGCCAGCCACCUCCUAAUCAUGUUAUCCAUUGCCUUCGAUCUGAUCUAGUAACAUCUACCGCAUAUUCAGAUUGCAUAUUUUAUGUCCCACCACAACCAAGGGCUUUGUCUGGAUUUAGCAUAUGGCAUGUUGAUAAUGUUCUUGGUUCAUUUUAUGCACACUCGUCUGUGAAUUAUCCCCCUAUGGAUGAAAGUUUUGAUUUACACCAAAUUAUUCUUCGUUACCCCAAUUGGCAUCUCUCUGUCAAUAAGAAAUCUCCAACUGUCAGUCAUGAUCAGCAAACUUCCAACACUAGUAAUGCUUCUUCUGGAUGGGAUAUUCUUAAAACAAUAUCACGGACAAGUUAUGUUAUGUCUACUCCACAUUUUGAAAGGAUCUGGUGGGACAAAGGUUCUGAUUUACGAAAGCCAGUUUCAAUCUGGCGACCAAUCCCACAUCCCAGUUUUGCUCCCCUUGGUGAUUGCAUAACAGAGGGGUUAGAACCACCAGCUCUUGGACUAGUUUUCAAAUGCGGGAACUCAAUGAUUUCUUCCAAGCCUAUUCAAUUUACUAAAGUUGCUCAAGCUGUUGGCAAAGGGAUUGAAGAUGCAUAUUUCUGGUACCCAAUUCCUCCUCCAGGCUAUGCUUCUUUAGGCUGUGUUGUCACUAAAAAUGAUGAAGCACCUCGAAAGGAGUCAUUUUGUUGUCCAAGAAUUGAUCUCAUUAAUCAUACAAAUAUUUUUGAGGAACCCAUUUCCAGAUCUUCUAGUUCAAAGGGUCCUAACUGCUGGAGUAUUUGGAAAGUUAGGAAUCAGGCGUACACAUUUCUUGCACGAUCUGAUCUGAAAAAACCAUCUUGUCGUCUGGCAUAUACCAUAAGUGACUGUGUGAAGCCUAAAACACGUGAAAACAUUAGUGCCGAAAUGAAGUUGGGGUGCUUUUCCAUCACUAUCUUAGAUAGCUUCCUUGGAACAAUGACACCAGUAAUUGAUGCAACUAUCACAAAUAUAAAUCUUGCCACACACGGGGGCCUUGAAGCAAUGAAUGCUGUUCUCAUUUGUUCAGUGGCUGCAUCAACGUUCAACAAACAGUUGGAAUCAUGGGAGCCCCUUGUUGAACCCGUUGAUGGGAUUUUCAAACUUGAAACUUACGAUACCUGCGAACAUCCUCUAUCAAUUGGAAAGAGAAUUCGUAUUGCUGCAACUAGCUCCCUGAAUUUGAAUGUCAGUGCAGCCAGCCUUGAGACCAUAUUUGAUACUAUUGUUGCGUGGGAGAGACAAAAUAAAUUGGGCCAUGCUUUGUCCAAAAAAGCUGAGGUAGCUGGUGAAGUUUCAAAAAACUUUCUUCCAUCAUUUUCAGCGUUGCAUGAAGAUGAUUUACAAAAAGUGAUCAUUGAAAAUAAGCUAGGAUGUGACAUUUACCUAAGGAAAAUAGAAGAAAACUCAGAAUAUACUGAAUUGUUACAGAAUAAUUACCACACAUCAUUGUUGCUGCCACCUCCACAAUACUUUGAUAGAUUGAAUUUAGCAACCAAAUCUCCAGACACACGCUAUUAUGUCACCGUACAAGUUUUUGAGUCCAAGGGCUUCCCCAUCGUUAAUGAUGGAAAUAAGCAGGACUACUUUUGUGCGCUGCGGCUUUUGAUUGACAGCAAGCUAUCAGAUCAAUAUAAGCUUUUUCCACAGAGUGCAAGGACACGAUGUGUAAAACCUUUGGUUUCAAAGGUAAAUGGUAUGGCUGUGGGCUAUGCUAAGUGGAAUGAGGUUUUCAUAUUUGAAGUUCCUGAGAAGGGCUUGGCUAAUUUGGAAGUAGAAGUUACUAAUCUAGCUGCUAAAGCUGGGAAAGGUGAAAUCAUAGGUGCAUUAUCUGUUCCUCUCAGAGUAAGUGGCAAUACCCUAAAGCGGGCCACUUCCAUGAGAAUGCUACAGCAAGCCGUUGGUUCUGAUGGUGGGAAUAUUUCUUCUUAUGCUUUACGGAAGAAGGUUCAUGAUCAUGAAGAGAAUAAGGACUCUGGUUUGUUGGUAAUUUCUACCACAUAUUUUGAACGAAAUUCUGACAUAAAUCAAAAAAGUUUACAGAGUACAGUUGCUGUUGAUAGAGAUGUUGGUUUCUGGGUUGGGCUUGGGCCUGAAGGACCUUGGGAAAGUUUUAGUUCGGUAUUGCCAUUAUCCAUUAUUUCUAAAUCGCUUGACAGAAACCCUUUUGCAUUUGAGGUGGUUAUGAGAAAUGGCAAAAAACAUGCUAUCCUUAGAGCUCUUGCUGUUAUCAAGAAUGAAACUGGUAUCAAGGUUGAAGUUUCAUUUUGUCCUUCCUCAAUGCUAAGCAGCCCUCUUCUAAAUAAGGAUAGAGAAAACCCGGCUGUUAUGUCUGAGGAAGUAUAUGAAAAUCAGCGUUAUCAACCAAUUUCUGGGUGGGGAAAUACAUCCAAUUUUAAUGGUGACCCAGGACAUUGGAGUAAAAGGGAUUUUUCAUAUUCAUCAAUGGAUUUUUUCGAGCCAACUCUGCCCUCGGGUUGGCGGUGGAUUUCUGCGUGGAAGAUCGAUAAGUCCGACUAUGUUGACAGUGAGGGCUGGGCAUAUGGAACUGAUUUUCAGAACUUAGAAUGGCCUCCAAGUUCGCAACUGUCAUCCUUAAAAUCAGCUCUACAUUUUGUACGACGAAGACGAUGGAUACGUGAUAGGCAACAAAUACCUGACCAAAACAUUCAUGACCUGAGUAACGUCAUUGCCGUUAUAGAUCCAGCCUCAUCUACUUUUUUGCCAUGGACAAGCAUGGCAAGAGAUUCAGAUCUGAUUUUGCAUGUUCGACCAUAUGCUGACAAUUCUCAGGAAUUAUACGCUUGGGGUCAAAUAGUAUCCUUUGGCUUCAGCAAAGAUCAAUCUGCCAAUCAGUUAAGUUCUGCUUCUAGACAAAACAGAAUGAGCCAACUAAGUUCUCGUGAUUCCUGUUUGAGGCUAAACAACCUUGAAAAGAAUGAUAUACUCUUAUGCUGCAACCCUUGCAUCAGUAGUAGACAGAGUACAUGGUUCAGCGUUGGGACUGAUGCUUCCAUUCUUCACACAGAAUUUAAUGCUCCUGUUUAUGAUUGGAAAAUAUCCAUUAAUUCUGUUAUCAGGUUGGAAAACAAGCUUCCCUAUGAAGCCGAAUAUGCUAUUUGGGAGAAAACAGCUCAAGGGAAUAUGGUUGAACGGCAGCGUGGUAUUGUGUCAUCAAAUGGCGGUUCAUUUAUUUAUUCAACUGAUAUACGUAGGCCUAUCUACCUUACAUUGUUUGUUCAAGGUGGUUGGAUUCUAGAGAAGGAAGCUGUUCUGAUUAUGGAUCUCUUAAAGCUUGAACAUGCAUCAUCAUUUUGGAUGAUUCAUCAACAAAGUAAGAGGAAGGUGCGUGUUAGUGUUGAACAUGAUAUGGGACGAACUGAUGCUGCUCCAAAGUCGGUGAGGUUUUUUGUUCCAUAUUGGAUCCAGAAUGAUUCAUCUGUACCAUUAUCAUAUCGCAUUGUGGAUGUUGACCCAUUGGACAGUUUGGAUACUGAUUCUCUCACAACAUCUAGAACUGUUAAAUCGGCAAAGUUUACUUUGAAACAUAGCUCAAAAUCUAUCGACAGAAAGCUCUCUCACUCGAGGAAAAGCAGCAGUAUUCUGGAAGUUAUUAAUGAUUUCAACCCAAAUUGUGUUAUGCUAUCACCUCAAGACUACACUGAUCAUGGUGGAGCUUCAUCAUCUUCAUCUUGCAGUGAUGGUCUUUUAUCUACACGUGUUGGUGUCUCUGUUGCUGUUUGUAAUUCUGAACAUUACAGCCCUGGGAUUUCACUUAUUGAUCUUGAAAGAAUGGAGCGUGUUGAUGUUAAAGCAUUUUCAUCAGAUGGAUCCUAUUUCAAGCUCUCAGCACAGCUUAGAAUGUCUUCUGACAGAACAAAGGUCAUCAGCUUCUUACCGCAUACUUUAUUUAUCAAUAGAGUUGGACAAAUCUUGUAUCUGUCCCAAUAUGAUGCUGAGUUGGUGGAGUUAUUGUUACCAACUGAUCCUCCAAAGAUCUUGAGAUGUCAAUCAAGUUUUGGAAAUGAAAUGUUGAAGUUAAGUCUUGAUGGCUGCAAUUGGAGCUCUCCAUUCAGCAUCGGAAACAACGGUAUGAUGUGUAUUUGCAUUAACAAUGAAAAUGGAGGGAAUCAGAUUUACUUGAGAGUUGAAGUUCGUAGUGGAAUGGAAAGCUCCCGCUAUGAAGUUGUGUUUCGUCUUUACUCUUAUUAUAGCCCAUAUAGAAUUGAAAAUCGUUCACUUUUUCUCCCUGUACGCUUUCGACAAGCGGGCAAUAGUGAUGGUUACUGGUAUUAUCUUCCACCUAAUUCAGCAUCUUCAUUCUUCUGGGAAGACCUUGGAAGGCAGCAUCUGUUGGAAGUUUUGGUGGAUGGUGCUGAUCCCAUCAAUUCUCAAGAGUACAAUAUUGAUGAGGUUAAGGAUCAUCAUCCUAUAGAAACAUCUAAUGGACCUGCUAGAGCUCUGUGUCUUAUGGUUAGUAAAGAAGGCAAACUGCAAAUCACCAGGAUUAGUGACUGGAUGCCAGAAAAUGAUGCCCCCAUAAUUGUACAUGAAAGAGCUCCGUUACCUGUAUUUGAACCUUCUGAGAAUGAUUAUAAGCAGUCUUCUUCAGAAUUGGAUGGUGAAUUUCAUGUUACAUUUGAGCUUGCAGAGCUUGGAUUAUCUAUUACUGACCACUUGCCUGAAGAGAUCCUUUUUCUCUCAGUUCAAAGUCUUAUUUUCUCGUAUUCAUCUGGGUUGGGUUCUGGAAUUAGUAGAUUGAAGUUACGAAUGAAUGGGGUACAAGUCGACAACCAAUUACCCUUUACUCCCAUGCCAGUUCUGUUUAGACCACACAAAGUUGGAGAUCAGUUGGAUUAUGUCCUGAAGUUCUCCAUGACCAUGCAGAAGAACAGUGCACUAGAUUUUUGUGAAUACCCGUACAUCGGCUUUCAAGUUCCUGAUAACUCUGCUUUCUUAGUAAACAUUCAUGAACCAAUUAUUUGGCGCCUUCAUGAGUUAUUUCAUCAAUUGAAAUUUGGUAGAUCAUUCGGAUCAACAGACACUGCUGUUUCAGUUGAUCCAAUAAUAAAAAUUGGGCUUCUCAAUAUCUCUGAGGUCCGGUUCAAAAUAUCAAUGGCUAUGUCUCCAUCCCAAAGGCCAAGGGGUGUGCUGGGAUUUUGGUCAUCUUUGAUGACUGCUUUAGGGAACACUGAGCAUAUGCAGAUUCGUAUUGGACAAAAAUACCGCGAGGAGAUAUGCAUGCGUCAAAGUGCCCUUAUAAGUGCUGCAAUUUCUAGCAUUCAAAAGGAUCUUCUCAGUCAUCCGUUUCAGCUUCUUUCUGGUGUUGACAUCCUCGGCAAUGCAAGCAGUGCAUUGAGCAACAUGAGCAAAGGUGUUGCUGCUUUAUCUAUGGACAAGAAAUUUAUUCAGAGUCGACAGAGACAGGAUAGCAAAGCUGUGGAGGACUUUGGUGAUGUGAUUAGAGAGGGAGGCGGAGCUCUUGCAAAAGGGCUUUUCAGAGGAGUGACUGGAAUACUAACAAAGCCUCUUGAAGGAGCCAAAUCUUCCGGUGUUGAGGGCUUUGUACAAGGUUUCGGCAAAGGAAUAAUUGGUGCUGCUGCCCAACCUGUGAGCGGGGUGCUUGAUCUUCUUUCAAAAACUACUGAAGGUGCAAAUGCUGUUAGAAUGAAGAUAGCUUCUGCUAUUACAUCCGAGGAACAACUGCUUCGCAGACGUCUUCCACGAGUAAUUGGCGGGGAUAAUUUGCUCCGGCCGUAUGAUGCAUAUAAAGCAACUGGACAGGUUAUCCUUCAGCUGGCAGAAUCGGGUUCCUUCUUUGGCCAGGUUGAUCUAUUUAGAGUAAGGGGAAAGUUUGCAUUUUCAGAUGCAUAUGAAGAUCACUUUCUACUUCCAAAGGGAAAGAUACUUUUAGUCACUCACAGAAGAGUGUUGUUGUUACAACAACCAGUGAACAUUUUGGCUCAGAGGAAAUUUAAUCCGGCAAGGGAUGCCUGCUCAGUAAUGUGGGAUGUGUUGUGGGAGGAUUUGGUGACCAUGGAGUUGACCCAUGGAAAGAAGGAUAGCAUGGGAUCACCUCCUUCAUGCUUGAUAUUAUACAUGCAGAUAAAGUCUCCUGAUGCAAAGGAAAAUGUCCGUAUCGUAAAAUGCACUCGUGGAUCACACCAAGCUAAUGAAAUUUUUUCAUCAAUUCAGGAGGCUUCCAUAGCUUAUGGACCAAAUGCUUCAAAGGAUAAUAAGAGAAGAAAGGUGCCAAGACCGUAUACCCCGACCAAUGCCGCAGCCUUAACCGAGGUAUUUCCAAAGGAAGUGUAUGAUUCAUGGGGUGCUCAAGAUAUUCAGGAAUUAGCUCAGAUAACUUCGUCUUUUGGCACAGUUAUUUCACAAUCUCAACCCACCAAGUAGCCAUAUCAGCUGUGGUUAUCUAAAGAUUCAUGAAAGGAAAUGAUGGCUCCAUGCCUUUAUUUUACAUCAUCAGUCUUUGGAAGAGUCUGCAUGGCUAAUACUCGGCAAAAGGUUUGCUCUGCCGGAGCUGGUAGGGGAUGGCUUCAGUUAUUUGGUUUAGAAGCAGAAAACGGUUCAGGAAGGCUCUCCUGUUGCUAGUUCCUAGCCUUUUUUCUGCAUAGGAAUGCUGUCAAUAAAUAAUAUUGAGUGUAUAGCCCCCCAUUCAUCAGCGAUGCUGCAUGUCUAAAUCCAUGUAUGUGUAUCUGUUCUGUAAUACGCUUUAAUCAAACUAACGUUCACAUCCCAGAUAUUUCAUUUCAACCAUUCCGAUCACUCGAUAGGGUUGAUAGGAACGACGUGCUUUGAGGAUGCAUCAAACUCAAGUGCAUUGUCUUAAUUUACAGAUGUUACAUGUGCCAUAGCCAAAAUUCAUCUAAUAUUUUGUUUUCAUACAAUGUGUCUCACUAAACUCACUUAUUUUGUCAAUAUCCAGCAUCUAAACAUUG